GUAUUUUCUUUUUGUUUUUAAAAAGAGAAACAAUCAUUUAAACGGUUAAUUUGAUUCUAAUUUAAUUUCAUUUCAUUUAUAUUCUGUUCUGUUCUCUGUUGAGAAGUGAUUUGAUUGUUUGUUGGUUCAUUAUGAUUUCUAGUGAAACCAAAAUCAGUUUAUCUCCUUUCGCUAAUUGGUAUACAAAUUUUAUUCUGGAUGUUUGGAGUUCACCAAAUUUUUUUCAAAAUUCUUCUAAUUUUAUUUUACCCAAAAACGAUUAUUUUAAGAACAAUGUUAAUGGUUUAUUGGCUUAUGGUGCUCGUAACUGUGUAAUUUUAUGCCAAAUUCACGGUACAACAGUAAGAUUUAAUCGUUCGGUUAAACCUUACCCAAGUGUCUAUGAAAAGGUUAAUGCGGUUUCAUUUGCUCGGUGUUUAAAGACUCCUAAAUUGUUCAUUGGAUCUAAUCAGGGAAAGGUUUAUAUUUACCAUAUAGAGAAAAAUGUAAUGCAAACAAUUGAUCCUAUUGAUAUAAAAUCGGGACCUGAUUUGAUUAUCAAUUCCGUCGAUUGGGCUGAUGAUGUUGAUGUUUACUAUUCAAAAGGUUCUCAUGUUAUCCAAUGGAAUACUGAGACCAAUGUUUACUAUUCCGUUGAUUUUGGUUCACUUGUUAAGAAUCGCCAGUCAAAAAUUAUUUCCAUCAAAUUAACCAAAGUAGAUCCUUUGUUACUCGCUGUUGGUUUUGUUGGUGGAAAUGUUUCAAUUGUUAAGCUUGAUGGAGCUUCGAUCGUUGAUUACAAUUUAUUAUACACUUUGUAUCAUAGCUCAGACGAAAUAACCUCAAUGUCCUUUCCAUUUUCAAAUGGAGAAUAUGAAACUGGUAUAUUAGCUGUAAUCUCUCGACAAGGAUUACUAAAAGUUUGGGAACUUGACUCACGGAAAAUUCUUGCUGAGCAACAUUUUGCCACCAAAGGAGAUAAAUCAAAGGCGAAAAAUUUUUUCUCCCUUGCAUUUGUCCCGAAGCCUCCGCCAACAAAACCCAGGAAAGCUAAAAAAUCAACCACAGAGUCCAAUCAAUCUCAAGAAUCUAUUGAAAAUGAUGAACCUGAACCACCCAAGAUUGAAGAAUCAGAGAGCAAUGAGAUUAGAGAAUCAGAAAGCAAUGAAAUUGAAGCAUCGGAAACAAUUGAAAUUAAAGAACCAGAAAACGAUGUAAUUGUUGUGGAAACAGCAAAUGAUCCCACUGAAAAGGAAAAGGAAAAAGAAAAAGAAUUUGAAAAUUGUCGAUAUUUUCUUAAACUAUUGGUAUCUCGAACUGAUGGCAAGAUUGUCCUAAUCGAUAUUCCCGCCGACAAACGUGAAACCAGAUUCAAUCCGCUAAAAAGACCUGAACCAAUCAAUGUGAAUAAAAUACAUCAUAAUAAUGUUGUAUUUAACAUAUCGGUUGUUAAUCCUUUCCACUAUAUUGUUACUGAAAACAAACGAUCUAUUCAACCAUUUUGGAAUAUGAAAUUUUUUGCCUCCAGUUUAUCGAUAGAUCGUCAGAUUAUUAUUUACGAUCUUAAAAAGAUGCAAAGUGUUCAGCCAAGUUUUCCAACAGUCAGUCUACAAGUUCAUGAUCUCGACUUUUAUCCAGCAGAUUAUACAAAACUAUUAAUCGCUUGUGGCGAUGGUCUUAAAAUUUGGUACUUUAACCAUAAUGCUAGAGAUUUACCCAAUAAAGGUCCACCCAACUAUAGAAUCGAUAGUGUUUCUAAUGUCCCACCGUCCACAAAGAUCGUUAGUGCUGCUUGGCAUCCAAAGGAUAGAGAUGGAGAAAGUCUGAUUGGUUUUGGUACCGAAGACGGAACUUUUAUCUGUGUCGAAUUAAAUAAACAAGUUAAGGUUUAUUCUAGUGAGCACAAAUUAACUGGAUAUAAAAGUCGUGUUUACGCUUGUAAAUGGGGACCCAUACCCUCUGAAUUUUCAUCUAAUUUGACCAGGAAUUGGGCUUGUUACACCGUCUAUGCUGCUGGAUCAAUCCGAGCUCAUGUUGUAACCGAUUCCAAGGCUUUUAGUCUUGAUCAAUUAUCCGAUCAUAGUGUUGCUCGAGAUAAUCUCGAUAAAACUGAAUUAGUCUGGAAAGAUGAUUAUAAUUACAUUGCUAUUGGAUACGAAGAUGGUCAAAUAAUGAUCUGUGCAAAUGAUGGUCACUUUAAAUCAGCAGUUGUUUUGGAUAUUCAUACAGCACCUAUUUCCUGUAUUCGUUGGCAUCCCGAUAAUCUUUAUCAAUACGAUUGUAAGCUUAAAAACAAAGUUGUUUACAAGGAUAAAGCAAAGCACGAGUAUUGGAUAGCAUCAGCGUCACGAGAUAUUACAGUUGAAUUGACUGAUCUUAAAUUUCACCUAAUCGAGUACAAUGAAUCGAAAAAAUUAGUUCAUGUAACCGAAUCGGAUAAGACUCUUUGUGGACACCAAGAUAAUGUUAUAAGUAUCGCUUGGAAUAUGGUUGAUCAAGACCUAUUGGCCACUUGUUCAGCCGAUACAACGGUUCAAGUUUGGCAUAUUGACUGUGAAGCACCUAUGUACUCUUUUCGCGGCCAUUGGUCCAAAGUGUUUGCCAUCGCUUGGGCUCCUUGGGAUAGUAAUCUUAUCUUUAGUGGCGGUGAUGAUAGUACGUUGCAAGUUUGGUCUCCCAGUGAAAUGAGAAAUAGUCAACAUCCUAGAUUAGUUGCAAGUCUAAGGGAUUUACGAAAUGAAUCACCUGUACCCGAAGUAAAUGAACCAAGUCCAACUAAAUAUGAUUAUUUGAAACCUAUUGAACAAGUUCAUCGUGACGAUGAACAGUAUUCAGCUCUUGAAUCUAGCAAUGAACAUGAUGUCAAUCAAGUAUUAGAUUCAACCACUGAAAAAAUAAUCAAUUUCCCUGUGGGUAAAAUUGUUGAAAGUAUUACAUCAGCUACACCUGAAUCAGGUACGCCAAAAGUUUCACCAGAAACAAAACCUUCGUCAAAGGCUCAAAAUGGCCGAACAAGCCGAUCUCCAGGUCAUCCAGAUACGAUAAUAAACAGAUUGAGAAAUUCCGAUAAAGUGAUGGCCGAGAUUUCAUACAAAGAUAAAAAGAAAUCACUAUUACCAAGAUCAAAUAUUAUGGAAAAUUGUUCAACCAAAUUACAGACACUUCGAGAUAUCGAGUUUCUAUUAUCUAAACGAUACCAGUUGAUCAGCUCUGAUAUAAAUGAUAAUGAACUUCGAACAAGGAAUCUAAUUUUUCUCGAUAAAGAUGAAAUUAAAGAGCUUUGUGAGAUCGAGAUUUCCAAUCACAAGGAGAAUACAAAUUUCCCUCUUGCCUUUCAAAUCUCAGCCUUACAGGGUAACCUUAAAGAUAUGAUUACCGAAGCAGUAAAAACUAGUCAACUGUCCGAUUGGAUGGUCUCCCAGGCCGCUUCAAUUUCCCGUGAAUUUUGGUCUAAAACGGUUCUCGCUUAUGCCGUUCAAUUAGAGAAAUCUGGAGAUUCCAUUCAAGCGGCCUUAUAUUACUCAACAAUCCACAGAAUCAUAGAUGCGGCAAGAGUUUUGGUCAAUGCUGGUCUGUACAAGGAAGCGCUAAUUCUGGUCAAAUCUCGCGAAACUUACAACACUCAUCUAAUUAAGGACAUUCUUUCUGCAUGGGCCAAAGUAAAACAAAACGAUACCAACUAUGAAUUCGCGGCCAAAGUUCAUAUCGCCAACAUGGAUACAACUGAAGCUUCCAAUUGCCUUGGUAAACGUAUCGAUGAUCCUAAAUGUCAACAAUUAAAACGGCUCAUUGAUUCAGCUGAACCAGUAAACUUGAAUGAAGAAAUAGAUCCUGAUCAACCAUCAACCUCAAAAUGAUUUAAUCUAAUUGCUUGUCGAUCUCACAACCACCAAACAAUUUUUUAACCAUUUGUAUAAUUCAGUUUAAUUUCCCAAAAACUUAAUCAUAUUUAUAUUUGCUACAAAGCGAUCAAAGCCCAAAGCUUAAUGUAUUUAUAUUGUUAAUUGUUUUCUAUUCUGAUAACUUGCAAAAAAAAUAUACAAAUUAAUUGAUGAAAUUGAAUACAAUGAUUGUAAUGAUUAAA